UGCCAAUGCAGCAACUCAACACAGUAAAAACAUCUUCAGUGAGUUACUGAAAUUCAUCAGCUUAAAGGGCACUGAGGUGGAUGAGAUGAUCAGAGACCAGCAGGGGGCAGCAGUUAGCCGAGCUGAACUCUUCAUCAAGUGUCUGGAACAGGAGAUCGUUGAGCUGGAGAAACAACAGGUUGAUCUGGAGCAGUUGUCACGAGAGGAGGAUCACGUCCAGUUUCUCCAGAGUUUUAUGACCAUCUUCCCAACUCUGGAGUCUACACAUGCACCUAGUACAACUACCAGUCCAAGCCUUUCAUUUAAUGAUCCCAGUGGUUCUCUCUCUGUCUUCAAACAAGAGGUGGAACAACUCUGCAUGCGUCAUGUGGAAGAAAUAAGAGUGCGGCUUAAGGAGCCUCCCAAAGAACCAUUACUGGCUAAAUCAAGGUGUGACCUGGAAUUCCUACACACUGUGCAGGGAAACCUUCCUACUAACAUGGAGAAUCUGAGAUCUGAGGCAAAAAGAUGGGGCGGACCCAAAGAAAUCGAGAUGGACAUCAAGGACCCUCUCAAGACCAAUGGGUUACGCAUUAGUCACAUACAUUGGGAGCUCAUGAAGAAAGCAUUUGAGAAGCAAAUGAUGGACGUCAAGAAUAAAUUUGCUGUGGACUUCCAAGAGACCCAUGGUGAUGUAACUGUCCGUGCCCAGUCUACUGGCAUUGAAGUAGCUUAUCUAGAGAUGAAUGCCCUUAAGGCACUGACGUCCCUCUAUCAGAAGGUUGUCAUGUCUGUGAUGAGCUGUCCUUUGCUAAAUGCAUCUCAUAAUCAGAAGGAUUGUGUAAAAAACUACCUGGAUGACGUCAAGAAACAGCACCCAUCUUUAGCAGUCAUUGAUGAGUUAUCCUUGAAUGGUGCUUGGAGGUUGAUUGGCUUGAGAGAUCAUCUGUGCUUUGCCAUAAGUGAGAUAGAGGAGAAACUUAAUGGAUCUGCCUUUGACACAAAACACAAGGACAUGAUUGGGUAUGAGAAAAUGACUGCAAAGUUCAUGAGACCAUUCGCUGUGGGCACAGAAUCAGGAAUAUUUAACAGCUAUAAAGAAGACCAGUGGGGAAAAGACACAGCAUUUCGAGGAGCCCAUCAAGAUGAAUUUGGACAACAAAGAGGAGCAGAUGAGGGAUAUGAAAGCCACGAAAGAGACAGAAGACAACAGGGAUGUUCAGUGGAUAGACCAAGCAGCAGUUCCCUUGCAGUUUCUUUGAAGGCAAUGGGCAGAAACGCAAAGGAAUGGAAAGUGGUGGAUACAGAAUGUUGGGAGAUGGGGAGAAAAAGGCAGGUUUAGGAGAUGCAUGACACUGAGGUUGACGGCACAAAAAUGUUAAUUAUAAAUGCUCAUUACUCAUGUACUGAAGCUAUAUCUCAAUUUAGACAUACCCUAGCAAUAAAAAAUACAUGUAUUUUUGACUAGUGCAUGGAUCUAGUCUUGCUCCAAGGGAGUCCAUAGGGCUUGAAAGUGACGUCACAUCCUCCGAUUUCUGGACUUCACAGCGUUUUUGGGGAAAUUUUUAAUAUAUAAUCCAAUGGC